AUGAAGAAGACAUUCACAAAAAGCCUUACGUGGGCGGCAGCCUUGCUCCCUGCUGCAUUGGCGCAGAACGCGACCAUCAGUCUCGCCCCAGCCGCCACCGGCUUUGACUCUGACAACGCAGCGCUGAUCUACGCAUCGUCCCCAAUUCUGCUCGCAAAUGACGGCAGUGCAGCAGAUGGCGGCUUUCGCACUUUUGCGGCCUCGAAUUCGACAAACUCAACUUCAAUUGCUGAGCGCUCGCACGAAAGGUCCGGACGCACCAAAAUCGCGGUCCCCAUCUACGACGUCGGUGGUCGAGAUGUUAUCUUCAACAUCCCUUCGCCCAAUUCAAUAAUCAGAGCUUACGACGUAGUAAGUGGAAGUGAGAUUGGAGGUUCGCGGAAGUAUCAACUUGGUGACUGGAGCGUAGCCCGGAAUUGGCGUAGUCAUACAAGCGGCGCGAACUACGUGUUCUUAUUUGGCAAGAAGGCGGUGGUUCAGUUCUUGGUUAAGGGUGGGGGCAAUGAAGUGCAGAUUCUCGAGGUGCAAACUUUCGCAAUACCUAUCGAGGGCGAGACAGCCACUGUUCUUCCAAAUGGACAAAUUUUCUUUUCUGGCGGCGAAGGCGAAACUCUGUACUCUUUCCAAGCUUCAGAGAGUAUUGAAGCACCUGAUAUUCGCACCGUAGGAGAAGAUCUCAAGAUUCAAGGCCUCAGCGCAUACCACAGCAACUCGACCGACUACCUUCUGGUGGCACACGAUGAUGUCAUCGAUCUCUACGAUGCUAGCUUUAGCCCUAAGGGUUCGGUUAGUCUGGAAGGCAUCUCGGAGCUCUCUAUUGGAGGUGAUAUUUCAGUCCUUCAAGCUGCGUCGACCGACUACCCCUUCGGCGCCAUUGCACUUGCUUUUGAGGGAGAAGACGACACUGGCGUUGCCAUUGGGUCUCUGAGUAGCGUUCUCACGUCACUUGGCAUCCAGGCAAACACCGACUUCGACCCUCAUACCAAGUCGUGCGGAUACUGUACAAGCCCCAUCUCCGACGCAUGCUCGAACAGCGGCUUUUCUCAGGGUAACAGCACUUGCGGCUGCUUUGCUGGCUUUGCCGGUGCGGACUGCUCACAGACCACGUGCCAGAACGACUGUUCUGGACACGGCAGCUGUGAUGGUCCGAACGUGUGCAAGUGUGAGGUUGGCUGGGCAGGUCCUGAUUGCUCGUUCGUAGCCGUCAAGGCCAAGUAUGAGACCGAGGCCAAUGGCGGUGAUGGUGACGACCCAGCUGUGUGGAUUCAUCCUACGCAGCCAGAUCAGAGCCGGAUCAUCACUACCACCAAGUCGCAGGGUGGCGAAGGCUUUGGUGUAUUUGAUCUUGGAGGAAAACUGCUGCAACAUUCGACCGCGCAGGAACCUAACAAUGUUGACAUUAUUUAUGGUCUUCCCAUCGGCAACAGCACCGUCGACCUUGCAUAUGCUGCCUGCCGUGGCGAUAACACUCUUUGCCUGGUGGAAGUGGCUAGCGAUGGCUCACUCAAGAACAUUACUGGGGGCAUACAGACUCUCCCGGAGGACUACGAGCCAUAUGGAUCUUGCACGUACCGCUCUUCGAAAACCCAAAAGCAGUAUCUGUUUGUGAACAACAAAAAGGCCGAAUACCUUCAAUACGAACUCUCCGCAGCCACUAACGGCAUUCUCCAGACAUCCCUUGUCCGCAACUUCACCGGUGGCUCAGGUGGACAAGUUGAAGGCUGUGUUGCCGACGAAGCAGCGGGCUAUAUCUUUCUCGGCGAAGAACCGACCGGCAUUUGGCGCUACGAUGCCGAGCCCGACGCGUCCAACGAGGGUUUCCAGUUCGCCAAAGUGGGCGACAACGGCUUGCACGCCGACGUUGAAGGACUGACGCUUGUACCUGCCAAGAACGGCACGGGAGGCUACAUCAUGGUGUCCAGCCAGGGCAUCAGCGCGUAUCUUGUAUACGAGCGUGCGCCGCCGCAUAAAUACGUAUCGACCUUCACCAUUGUUGACAACGAAGAAAAGGGCAUCGACCACGUCACGAACACAGACGGGCUUACAGCUGUAGGCAACAGGCUGAAUGCCGACUUUCCCUACGGCCUGAUCGUCACGCACGACGAUGCAAAUGAGCUCGCAGAGGGCGGCACCAGCGCCGAAGCGAGCUUCAAACUAACCAGCCUGGUCGACGUGCUGGGAGAGGAAAAGGCAAAAGCGCUGGGGUACUAA